UCCGUUUGGCGCACUCCAGCCGCCUUCCUUUUUGAUGAGGAAAUAAAAGAGGAAAAAGUCAAAAUUAUUUUUCCUCAAUUUGUCGAUGCCUUUUCGCCGCAAUUAUUAGAUUAGAUCAGAUAUUCUCAACAUUCUCCGAAAUUUUAUUCGAAUAUUCUUCGAUUCCGCAGCUCUCCUUCUCAUCUCUAGUCCAUUGUCAUCUCUCUCGCAUCUUCGCUUCGCGCUUCGGGCUUCUCAUCUCAACCUCAUAAAGCACGAGGCUUUCAAUCGGUAAUCCUGAAGAUUUAUCUCUACGUGAAUUUUUCUUCCGAACUUAGGAACUUAGGAUUGUUUUCUGACUGGGUGGUUCCCGAAUUUUUUUUGGGGGGUGGGGGUGGGGGUGAGGUUUUGAUGAAUUGCAGUCUUGGCUCAUUUCGAUCCUAGAAUUUUCUUGAAUUUGAGAUUAGAUUUGGGAGUUUGGACUCUUUUUCUGAUCUGGGUAGUGGCCAAAAUCUAAUCUUUAGUUAGAACUUGGUUUGCUUCUGAUCUGGGCUUUUGGGGACAGUUGAUGUAUUUGAGAGUAUUUCUUUUUAUACCCGAAGUUUUAUGAUCCGGGUUGCCGUAAAAACUGCAACUUGGGGAGAUGUAUGCAGUAGAGAAACUCAGCAGCUACAUCACCAGAGGGGUUUACACUGUUUCCGGCCCUUUCCACCCUUUUGGAGGAGCUGUAGAUAUUAUCGUAGUCCAGCAGCAAGAUGGGAGCUUCAAAUCAUCGCCAUGGUAUGUUCGGUUCGGUAAAUUUCAAGGAGUCUUAAGGACAACAGAGAAGGUUGUCACCAUUUGUGUCAAUGGAGUUGAGGCUGGGUUUCAUAUGUACUUAGAUCCCAGAGGAGAGGCUUACUUUCUUAAGGAUUCUGAUUCUACGGAAGAAGGGGAGGAUUUUGAAAUAUCUCCAUCUACGUCGGGAGAUGAAGUUGAUGAAAAGGUGAGAAGUGUGAGGGAAAAAACUGUGACUCUGGAGAAUGGGAAUGGGAAGGUCGUGUCGAGGACGAACUCACGGAGGGCUCGGAUAUUUGGGCUUAUGUUUGGGAAUAAGUCAAUGAAGGGAAAUGAUUCGGGAGCAAAUGUUGAUAGAGUUAGUUCACUGGAGAGCGCAGAAAUAGCAGCUAAUCUAUUAGAUACUAAGUGGUCGACUAAUCUUCAAUCAAAUGACUUUAGAACCGAUGAUAGAAGGGAUUUUGAUGCGUGCAUUGUCGAAAAUGAAAUGGCUAGUUCUCAUAACGGGCACACGGAUGAUAGUUCGCCUACAACUACUCUAAGCAGAGAGCAUUUUGAAGAAGUAGUAAUUUCUAACUCCCCAGUGGUAGCUUCUAACAACCUUGUUGAUGAUCCAAAUCCUCCCUCAACUAUUGAGGAUUCUGCUAAAGGAUCAGUUGGUUCCAUUAAUGAAAACUUGAGCGAUAAUCAUCGGCCUAAGAUGGUAAGAGAAGUGCAUUUUGUGACCCAAACUUCAACUUCGAGAACCCAUGAGGAAGUCGUAGAGAUUUACACCAUGGAACCUGGUGAUUUGGGUGAUAGCAGUAAAUUGGUUUCUGAAUUGGUAAUGGUGGAAUCUGAUGAAUACAAUAUAUCAUCAAACAGAUCUGUUCAUGACAACUUCACCAAUGAGGCACAAAUUCCUCAUUCAAGAGCAGAUGAUCAGACAGUGUCUGCACCAGAAGAAAUAUGUAGGGAACAAAAUGAAGUUAGAUCGUUUAGUUAUAUGGAGGCAUUAGAAAGCUCGACUGCUAUCUUUGAUUUUUCCACGCAAACUAACAAUACUUUGGAUCUUUCCUCUGGAGGGGGUGGACCAGUGCAAAAAUAUCCCGAAAUUACCUCUAAUACAAGUGAGCAUAUAUGUGAAGAACCUUCAAAGCCAAAAUCAGAUAAAGCCACAGACAGAGAAAGUAAUGGUGGAAGCCCUAGUCAAGACUUGGAGUUAUCUAACGUGGAGGUUUCAUCUGUCUGUCAGGACUCUCAGGAUACAGAAAGAAAUGGUUCUAAUGUUGAGUUUCCCCAAAAGUCUUGUUCUUCUGAGACCGUCAUCAACUAUGAAGAGAGAGAAGCUAUCAAACUUCCCUUUAGCUCAGAUGAACAUGAAGAAUCAUGCUAUCAGAACAGGCUCAAUAUUUCCCAAGAAGAAUCCAGAUUCUCACUAUCACAGAGUUUGAAUAACGAGCAAUUCCAGUUCAGUGAUAUUGACAGUUUUGCUAUUCAACAGGUCAAUCCUGAGGUACAAGUCAGCAAUUCAUCAUCAGAAACAGAUGAAAGUGCAUUGCUGAAGUCUCAAGGUGACAGAGAUGAACAUGAGCUGAACGAUGCAAAUCUAAAAGAUUGCUUUGAAAGCGUGUCAGGAAGUCAGAGUAGUCCAGUGGCUAUUCCCAGAAGCACACUGCAGUCCGGAGAAACUGAACUGUCAACAAAUUCUUUACCUAUCAUCCGCUCUAAAAUCCAUGAUCUUGAAACUUCCAAUGUUCUUCGUACACUAAGCUGUUCAUUAGAUUCUAGUCCGCGAAGUUAUGAGCAAGAUUUGCUGAAGAAUGAAAUGUCUAGCUUUGCGAAGUUGUCAGAUUCUGGGAGGGACGUAAAACAAGACAUCCAUGAAUUUCAAGCUGCUGUUGCAGAUGUUGAUUCUGAGAACAAGCAAGACCGAAACGCCAGUCCAAUCAAUCCUACUGUUGAGCUUUCCCUCUGCAAAGACUUGUUAUUUUAUGGUAUGGGAGCUGAUGCUGCUUCGAGAGUAUUUGACGCUAAUAAGGUGAACCUUGAAAAGUUUUCUACUUUGGGCCCGUCCCUUGUGAAGAAUGAUAAGCUAAUUGUCAGAAUUGGAGGUCGUUAUUUUCCAUGGGAUGCAGCUGCACCUAUUAUUUUGGGAACAAUUUGUUUUGGUCAGGAACAGAUAUUUGAACCUCAAGGUAUGAUAGCUGUGGACAAAGAUGAGAGGAAGAGCAGUCAUGAUUCGUCAGGAGCUAUAGUUCCAUCUGGAGGAAGCUGGAGACUAUGGCCAUUCAGUUUAAAGAAGUCGAAAACCAUAAGUACUGUGCGGUCUAUUCCAGAAAGUAAAAUCCAGGAAAAUGUGAAUGUUACUCCUUUGAGAAGUCGAAGCUCAAUUGGCCAUGACGAUACAGAAAGAGACAAACGUACAAAGAAGAAGGUGCGGUCACUUACUCCAAGUUCUGAGGACCUUGCUUCAUUGAAUCUUAGAGAAGGUCGGAACGUGAUAACCUUCAGCUUUUCAACUGCAAUGCUUGGGCAGCAACAGGUGGAUGCUAGGAUAUAUUUAUGGAAAUGGAAUACACGAAUAGUUAUCUCAGAUGUUGAUGGAACAAUUACAAAAUCAGAUGUUCUUGGUCAGUUUAUGCCUCUGGUUGGUAAAGAUUGGUCCCAGACUGGUGUUGCACAUUUGUUCUCAGCAAUUAAGGAAAAUGGAUAUCAAUUGCUUUUCCUGAGUGCACGUGCAAUUUCUCAGGCUUAUAUAACAAGGCAGUUUCUUUUCAACCUUAAACAGGACGGAAAAGCACUCCCUGAUGGUCCAGUUGUCAUAUCUCCUGAUGGACUCUUUCCAUCACUUUAUAGAGAAGUUAUCAGAAGAGCUCCUCAUGAAUUCAAGAUCUCAUGUUUGGAGGACAUAAAAGCAUUAUUUCCUCCAGAAUGCAAUCCGUUUUAUGCUGGUUUUGGCAAUAGAGAUACUGAUGAGAUUAGCUACCUUAAGGUUGGCGUUCCUAAAGGAAAGAUUUUCAUUGUUAAUCCAAAGGGAGAAGUUGCCGUACAUCACCGAGUUGAUACAAAAUCGUAUACCUCACUUCAUGCAUUAGUGAAUGGAAUGUUUCCGCCCAUGUCUACAGCUGAACAGGAGGACUUCAAUUCAUGGAAUUACUGGAGAUUACCUCUUCCUGAUAUCAAUAUUUAAGCCUGAGCACAUUACAGUCUCACUCGUGAGUUGUCAGUACUGACAUAGGAAGCGGGGAAGGAGCUUAUUGACAUCCAUCACUUGUAUUCUUUCAAUGUGGGCUAAUUGCUAGGUUUGGUUAACCGAGCAGCAUUCCAAGCAAAAUUUUUGGGCGGAGUGUGUAUGUAAAUAUACUCAUGAGUUAUAUUUCGAGAUCCAUAGUGCGCAUGCCGGUGAAUUUUUGUAUAGUUUUGUCGCACGGAAAAUCUCCAAGCAUUGUAACUUUUCUGCACCAAGAACUCAGUGUUACAUCCAAUGAAAUGGGAUUGGUCGCAAUUAGUAAUCUAUGUAUGACGUUGUUCAUGAACCGAAACUCCUUUUAAAAGUUUUUGCGUGCCCGUUGAGACAAUAAUUCAUUUUGAAGUUACCACUAGGAAUUAAAUGGUGGUCUUCACCUGAUGUCUACUGCAGUAGUCGUGAUCCUGUAAUCAGGAUGCCCAACUGUAGUUAUACUGCAUUUUCUUAAAGUUU